UACCUUCUACCAGCUUGUAGAGUCGCAACGGCAAUCCGGUUUGCUUUAUGUACCUAGUUGGGAGGCGAUAACCUAUAAGGCAGUCGAAACUUAUGCAUAAGUCCUAGAACUAUACGUAUGCACCGCUCCGUCCCGAUAUUACCUGCAUCCAGUCAAACGGAUUGUCAAAAGAUUGUCUGCCGCAAGUCUCGGCACCACUGAUUAGAUCUGCAACUCUGCAGCUGCUUUUCCGCAAGUUAAAAUAAAGAAACAUCGCUAGGUGUCCUCCGGGACAACCUAGCUCUUCAAGGUGGCUUCGAAUCAGGCAAUCUUGGCAUCGGCUAGUGCCAUCAAGAACCUUACUACAUUAUUACCACCUGCAUUACAGAAUUGCGUCCAGGCAACAGUUGACCAUCUCUCCGAAGCUGUCGUCGGAUCCAGAGAGUACCUUGCUUCGCAGGGAGUUUCGUAUUCAACAUUAGCCUACAGUUCCGCUGUGCUUGCCUUACCUUUCAUGAUGAUGUCCCGGUUUUGGGGUCGUAGCCGCGACAACAUAUCGCCAUACGCUUCACAGACCGACACUCAGGGCGUACCUCAUGUCACCGAAGAUGACUUUAGCUAUAUAACGUCCGAAGAUCUUGAAACCACCCUACCAUCUUCUUCCCGGGCCUAUGACCCUCAAAGUCGACGAGCUCCACCUCCUGCUAACCUCGACGAUGACGUUCUCCUAAUCAAAAACAAGGGUGUUACAUAUCCUGUACAUUUCCCUGCAUAUUCUAUCGGCGAUGGUAAACUACUUGUGAGAGAUGUGCGGGUUCGCGUGGGAUUAGUCAUGGAUCUCAGCGACCGUCGGACUCGUCGUAUGAAGAUGCUCUACAAAGGCCGUCAACUCACAGAGCAGGAUGUCCCCAUUCGCGACUACGGUGUGAAGAACAAUAGCGAGUUGCUAGUUGUAGUACCUGAGGGAAAACUAAGCGAUGAGGAUGACGAGAGCAGCAGCGAGGAAGUUAUCGUUACAGAGGAUCAACAGAAGUCGAAGAAGGCCAAGAAGAACAAGGGUCGGAAGAAGAAGAAAGAUCGCAUCGACCCCCGCGAAAGUACUGCAAAUCUCGAAGUACCCGGACAGCGAGAACGAGAGACUAGGAAGCCGUCUCCAGAUCCGCCUAUUCACCCAUCCAGGGUACCGUCUCCCGCAGUGCCUUCAGGACCUAAAGGCAAGAUAGACGCGAUUAGAUCCCAUUUCGACGCACAACUCUUGCCAGUUUGUCAGCAGUUCUUAGAUAACCCGCCUAAAGAGAAAAAGAGAUUGGAAGAUGAACAUCGGAAGCUAAGCGAAACGAUCAUGCAGCAUGUGUUACUGAAAUUAGACGAGGUAGAUACGGGAGGUGACCCGGAUGUCAGAGCGAUGAGGAGGGAGCUCGUGAAGUAUGUCCAGGAUGUCUUGACAGACAUCGAUGAACGUCUACCUCUUUCCAGUAGACCUAAGGAUAGGUGAUCUAUGAGCAUGCAUCUCUUCCUACUUGCGGGUUCUAGAACUAUCAUAUUUUCUGAGAUUCACCUCUACCUUAGAUUGCUGUCCAAGCUACUCCAUCACGAUAGUAUUUCACUAGUUCUACCUAGCACAUAUCUGAUUGGCAAACGACGGGUUCAUAGGCCAGAUAGAUAUCGAUGCAUUAUCACAAGACGGGUUGACAAUAUUACAUAUAUUGUACCCAAGGAAUGGUUGCAUAGAAGGAGAGAGAAAAAUAAAUCAAGCCCGAAUGAAUAGGAAAUGGCGAGAUGCCUAGGUACCUAUAUACAUUUACAUGGCCAAUGAUGAAUGAUGUACGUUACAGGGUUGAGGCGAACAUUGAAGCCAUCGUGAGAAGCACAUCCUGCCUAAACUCUAUUAUGGUAAGUACAUGUAUAAGGUAAGCAGAAUAGGUACAUGCACCCAAAAAGUGGGCAAUUGGAAUAAGUAUUAGGUUAUACGAGCCCUAGGUGC